AUAAAAAAAUUCACUUGUAGAGGACAGAGCUGCAGAGAAUACUCAUGAGUCAUGACAAGAACCAGUUGAAACUCUCCUCUUUUGCUCCUCUGCCUCUCGAUGAUGGACACUUUCUCUAGCUAGACACCACCUUUCUACCUUCUUUCUCUUCAUCCUCGUGACUAUAGCUCGCUUUAAUAUCCCUAUUAAUUGGGAAAUGGUAGGUACUUACUCGGAUUCAUUAACAGCAACCGAGGUUCUUUUCGCUUGCUUUUCAGGAUAUGUGACAAAAUUAAGAAUUCUACACAAAAUAUAUACAUACAUAUAAUGGGCUAAUCAAGAUCAAGGUGUGAAGUGUGAACACUGAGCAGAUAUCAGAAAGAAAGAACCUAGAAAAGAAAAGAGUAAUUCUAGAAAGUUCUUUUGUUCCGUACAGUGUCACAGACAAACAUGGCGACGUACUUUCAUGGAAACACUUCUGAUAUUCAAUCUUCUGCGGAUGGGUUGCAGACACUUUACCUUAUGAACCCAACCUACGUACCCUACCCUGACGCGCCACAACACUCAACAACGCCCAACAUGCUCCUCGUCAAUUCCAACGCUACCACUCCAUCCAACGCGCUCAACCUCGCCAACUUCCCUCACGCGCCGCAAGUGCCACCAUCCCCCAACCAACAACAGCAGCACCACCUGAUUCAUGGGGUAACAAACAUCCUCGGAUCCACCAACUCCGACAAUCACAACCGACCACCUUUUCUCGGACACCCCGAAAUCAACGCCUUCCACGGCUUCUCCUCCGCGGCGGCAGCCCCUCGCGUGCACUAUAACUUGUGGGGUCAGGUAAUUGAGCAACCGUCCUCCGCCGCUGCAACCACGUCUAGAAGCUCCGGCGAUGGCGGCGCUGGUUUCCGGCAGCCUAGUCAGCAGGGUUUGUCGCUCAGCCUUUCCUCGCAGCAAACAGCUUACACGUCUCUUUCCGGUGAGCUUGACCUUCAAGGACAUGCUCAGGUCGCCGGAAUAGGUAAUUCUCCGUCGUCGGUGUCCAACGGAGUUUCGAGCGUGAACGGCGUUCUUUUGGGGUCAAAGUUUUUUAAAGCAGCGCAGGAGCUUCUCGAUGAAGUUGUUAACGUGGGUAAGGGAAUCUACAAAGACGACAAAUUCGCAGAGGGAGAAAAUAAAGAGAAAAUGAAAGCGAAGAGAGAAUCUAGUUCUGGUGUUGGUGACUGUUCAAGUGGUGAAGGAGAAAACAGUGCAAACAAGCAAGUAGCUGAACUUAGUACAGCUCAGAGACAAGAACUUCAGAUGAAGAAGUCCAAGCUUAUCACCAUGCUCGAUGAGGUAGAGCAAAGGUAUAGGCAAUAUCAUCACCAAAUGCAAAUUGUAAUAUCAUCAUUUGAGCAAGCAGCGGGUUUUGGGGCAGCUAAAUCUUACACAGCACUUGCCCUAAAGACUAUCUCAAAGCAAUUUAGAAGUCUUAAAGAUGCAAUCUCUUCACAAAUCAGAGCAACGAGCAUGACCUUAGGUGAAGAUGAAUUCUUUGGAGUUAAGGUAGAAGGUUCGAAACUUAGGUAUGUUGAUCACCAUCUCCGGCAACAAAGGGCACUACAACAGCUUGGAAUGAUUCAACCCAAUGCUUGGAGACCCCAAAGAGGCUUGCCUGAACGAGCUGUUUCCAUUCUUCGUGCUUGGCUUUUUGAGCAUUUCCUUCACCCCUAUCCAAAAGAUUCUGAUAAAGUUAUGCUUGCUAAACAAACUGGACUUGCUAGAAGAACCAAUAUAUAUUUUUUAAUGCAGGUGUCAAACUGGUUUAUUAAUGCCCGAGUUCGGCUUUGGAAACCAAUGGUUGAAGAAAUGUAUUUGGAAGAAAUCAAGGAGCAAGAAGAUACUAAUGUUUCGGAUAACAUCAGAUCAGAGGAGUUGGGGUCAACAACAAAUGUUACCCAGGAAUCAGGUGCCAUUAAAGUUGAUCAAAUUAAAGUUCUCCAAUCAAAACAAGAAAGCUUCAACAACCGAAACACAUCUCCAACCGAAAUCUCAACAAAUUCUUCAAUGUCCACCUCUCCCAUGAGAGGAUCCUUUCAAUCCCACUCUGGUUUCCAUCACAUGCAAAGUCAUCCAAAUAAGCCAAGAAGUUCAGAAAUGCAGAACUCUCCAAGUAGUUUCCUUUCAGUGGACAUGGAAAUGAAGCAAGGAGAUACAAAUAGAGAAGCCAACACAAAGUUUGGCAUUGAAAGGCACAACAGAGAUGGCUACCCUUUAAUGACUGGCAAUACAAACCAUGGAGGGGGUUUUGGAGCGUUCUCAAUGGAAGACAUUGGAAGUAGGUUUAAUGUAACUGAGCAAUUGGCUUCUAGGUUCCAUGGAAAUGGUGUUUCUCUUACUCUGGGACUUCCCCACAAUGAGAACCUUCCUAUCUCAGGAACUCAACAUGGAUUUCUCUCACAGAAUAUACAUUUAGGAAGGAGACUUGAGAUGGGAACCAAUGGAAAUGAGUUUUGUGCAAUCAACACUCAACCUUCUUCUCACUCAGGCACCAGUUAUGAGAGUAUUGACAUUCAAAACAGAAAGAGGUUUGCUUCACAGUUAUUGCCAGAUUUUGUAGCCUGAGAACUGAAGGCAGAAAAAUCAGUUCAGAGUAAAAGAAAGCAAGAGGCAUAUUGCUUAGACAUACACAAUCACUAUGGUAUACUAAUAUUCGUGGCAUGGGAGUCCCUGUAAAGAUGGAUAGUAAGUAGUAUAGAACUAUAUAUAUACUUGCAAAGAUUUCUAUUAGCUUAUAAUUAUAGGAUUCAUAAAGUUUGGGAGGGUAUAUUGUAUAUGGUAUCGGAUAUAGCCAAGUAUUUGAUGAUUUCUUUGGAUAUAUACAUGUAUGCACAAGAGUUAUUUGGGUAUAAUAUAUAUAUGGGUAUUAUUUUUCUCAACAUCAUAUUGUGCAUACACAAAGUGUAAUAUAAGUCUCACUAAAUAGAGGAGAGAGAAAGAUACAAACUACGACCCACAUUGCAUCACUUUGUGUAUACAU